AUGUUCUCCUAUCUCCUCUGCCUCCUCCUGAUACCUUCGAGCAUUGCCCAGCAGAGUGGAGGCGAUGCUUCAGGUUGCAAGUACGCAGGCGUGAACAUCGCCGGAUUCGACUUUGGCUGUAUAACUGAUGGCACUUGCACGCUAGGAUCUGUUUCUCCUCCCCUGGGCGGAGGCAGCGGCCAGGGCGAUGGGGCCGCACAAAUGCAACACUUCGUCACCCAAGACAAAUUCAAUGUCUUCCGUCUCCCCGUGGGAUGGCAGUAUCUUGUCGAUUCCCCUGGAGGCACCCUGAACCAAAAUUUUGCCACUUACGACAAGCUGGUGCAAGCAUGCAUAGCAGCCAAAGCCAACUGCAUCAUCGAUAUCCACAACUACGCUCGCUGGAACGGCGCUAUCAUCGGCCAAGGAGGACCCUCCAACGAGGACUUUGCCGGCCUUUGGGGCCAGAUAGCCAAGAAGUACGCUGCAAGCAGCGCCGUAUGGUACGGUCUCGUCAAUGAACCGCACGAAGUCCCCGACAUGGGCGCUUGGGCAAAGACGUGUCAAGAUGCCGUCAAUGCGAUCAGACAGAGUGGAGGAACGGGCAAAAUUUUGCUACCAGGAAACGUCUACACUGCAGCCGGCGCCUUCGUCUCCUCCGGCUCCGCGGCCGCCCUCGCCACCGUCACCGACCCCUCCGGCGGCACCGAAAACCUCAUCUUCGACUUCCACAACUACUUCGACAGCGACAACAGCGGCACGCACGCAGACUGCACUACCAACAAGAUCACCGACGGCUUCACCCCGCCCCUCGACUUCUUACGCCAGAAUAAACGACAAGCUCUCGUCUCGGAGCUCGGUGGCGGAGGGAGCAGUGCUAGCUGUCUGACUAUGAUUUGUGAGGCCCUCGAUUUUCUGAAUACGAAUAGUGAUGUUUAUCUCGGCUGGGUGGCGUGGGCGGCGGGGAGCUUUCCGAAUGAUUAUGUGCUGCAGGUUGAGCAGGGAGGGCAGGAUACGCAGUUGAUGAGUCAGUGCUUCGCGGGGAAAUUUGGUGGUGGGCCUGCUGGUGGAGGGGGAGGGAUAACUGCGGUCGGUGGUGGAGCUGUUGGGGGUUCAACGAAUGGGACUGAGAGUCCGGGGGCUGGGGCGGGAGGCGCUGGUGGUGGAACCACUCAGCCGUUGAGUUUUCUGCAGACUGGUUCUAGCUCGGGCUCUGGUAAUGUCACUGAUACAGGAGCUGGUGGUGGUACAGGCACGGGCACCGGAGCCGGCGCUGCCACUUCAGGAGGUGCACAGAGUAAAUGCAACGGCAAACGCAGGAGGAAGCGGCAUGUUGCUGCUGGGCAGAAUAUCAAGAGAGGAGGCAAGGCAAGAAUUCAUUUGCAGGAGGGCAAGCUGGUGUAG